AUGGGAAUUUUGGGAGUGAUUCUGAAGAAUCCAGAUGACUUAUAUCCGUUGCUGAAGCUCAAAAUCGCGGCGAGGAACGCCGAGAAGCAGAUCCCGCCGGAACCACAUUGGGGAUUCUGUUACUCUAUGCUCCACAAAGUUUCUCGAAGUUUCGGUCUCGUUAUUCAGCAGCUUCGUCCCGAGCUUCGUGAUGCCGUUUGCAUAUUCUAUUUGGUUCUCCGCGCUCUUGAUACUGUUGAGGAUGAUACUAGCGUAGAGACAGAUGUCAAGGUACCGAUACUAAUAGCUUUUCAUCGCCACAUCUAUGAUCAUGACUGGCACUUUGGAUGUGGCACGAAGGAGUACAAAGUUCUAAUGGACCAGUUUCAUCAUGUUUCAACGGCUUUUCUGGAACUUGGAAAGAACUAUCAGGAUGCAAUUGAAGACAUUACCAAAAGAAUGGGUGCUGGAAUGGCCAAAUUUAUUUGCAAGGAGGUAGAGACAAUUGAUGACUAUGAUGAAUAUUGCCACUAUGUGGCAGGACUUGUUGGGCUUGGUUUAUCAAAACUAUUCUACGCCUCUGGUACGGAGGAUCUGGCUACAGACGACCUUUCAAAUUCAAUGGGUUUGUUUCUUCAGAAAACCAAUAUUAUUCGAGAUUAUCUGGAAGACAUCAAUGAGAUACCAAAGUCACGCAUGUUUUGGCCACGGCAGAUCUGGAGUAAAUAUGUUAGCAAACUUGAGGACUUGAAAUACGAGGAAAACUCUGUUAAGGCUGUGCAAUGCUUAAACGACAUGGUCACUAAUGCUUUGCUGCAUGCUGAAGAUUGCUUAAAAUACAUGUCUGCAUUACGAGACCCCUCUAUAUUUCGCUUUUGUGCUAUUCCUCAGAUAAUGGCAAUUGGAACACUUGCACUAUGCUACAACAACAUUGAUGUCUUCAGAGGCGUAGUUAAAAUGAGGCGAGGUCUAACUGCCAAAGUGAUUGACCGGACAAAGACUAUGACUGAUGUCUAUGGGGCUUUCUUUGAUUUUUCUUCCAUGUUGGAGUCCAAGGUUGACAAAAAUGAUCCCAAUGCAACAAAAACGUUGAGCAGGCUGGAAGCUAUACAGAAAACUUGCAGAGAAUCUGGUCUCCUAACCAAAAGGAAAUCUUAUGUUGUGGGGAAUGAGAGCGGAUAUGGCCCGACAAUGAUUUUCAUACUGGUCAUCUUGUUUUCCAUCAUUUUUGCGUAUCUCUCUGCCAACCAUCAUAGUAACUGA